AAUUCGGGCAACAACUAUACGAUAUAUGCAGAAGGCUUGUAAAAAGACAAAAAAUAUAAUAAAAAGGGGCGCUCCAAGAACCGAACUCAGGACCUCUUGCACCCAAAGCAAGAAUCAUACCACUAGACCAAACGCCCUUAAUGUUUAAUCCACUGACAAAAUAUAAUUAUACUUAAUUUUGUGAUUCCAUUUUUUGGUUACUAAAAUGAAAUUUCCCCCCAAUUUCAGACUAUUAUUUCAAUUUCCCUCUUUCAACUCCAAAUUUUCCCUCUAAUAAAUCCAUAUAUCUCUCUCGCACAGUUUAGUUGAUAGUAGAUUCACACAGCGAUGUCAACUAAUCAAGAAGAUUUGGAUCUACUCCUCUCACUUGAUGAUGAUGAUAAGGUAUUGGAAACUCCACCUGCUUCUCCAUCUGCUUACCUAUCAGACCAUGGAUCUCCAAGGCAACAACUUCGAAACUCAGACAUGUCUAUCUUCAAAGAUUCUGUUAAAGAUUACUUAGAAACUGAACCUCCCGCUGCAAAGAAAGCAGCUCCUAAAUUGAAUCGAUCAAAAAUUUCCAUCGACGGUGAUGUUGAGAAGUUUUCAGGUUUGCGGAUUAAGAAUCUAUUGGUCUCUCCUGAAGAGUUGAGCAAUCAUUUAUCUGACAUUCGAUUUGUUCGGUUGCCGGCUAUAAGGAAUUUGAUAGUAGGAGAUUCAAUUGCUGGUAGCUGGGCAACCAUUGGUGUAUUGUCAGAAAAGGGAGCUCCCAAAAUGAGUUCUAAUGGGACACACUACUGUAUAUGGAAAAUUGGGUGUUUGGAUGAAAAGACUCUUUCUGUAUUCAUGUUUGGGGAUGCUUAUAUUACCUUCUCCAAAGAGCAUGUCGGAACAGUUUUCGCGCUGUUCAAUUCUAAAGUUCGCAAGGAUAAUGAGGGGAGUGGGUUUUCACUUAGUAUAUUCUCAGCUGGUCAGAUUUUAAAGUUGGGUACUUCUGUUGAUUUUGGAGUUUGCAAGGGUCAAAGGAAGGAUGGGGUUGCUUGUACCAUGGCUAUAGAUAAGCGCCAGGGGGUAUACUGCAAGUUCCAUACGUCUAAUGCAUCCCAGAAAUAUACUGUAUCCCGUGGUGAACUCAAAGGAGGGAACUUGAAAACAGGCUUUAGGAGUUCCUAUCAGCCAGAGGGUGUUUACAUGGUUGAUCCUUUUAAGAGAGGGAACACGAAGAAAACAGUGCAACCCCUUAAAGUGUUGUCCGUGGAUGGAUUAAAGAAGGCCUUAAGUAAGGCGUGUAAAGUUACAACUAAUGCACACUCACAAGGAAUACGGUUCCUAACACAUGUCACAGUAAAAGACAAACCAAUAGAGCAGAACGGAGGAUCAAAUAAUCAACAAAAUGAUAUUAAAUUUAAAGGGUUGUCAUCUAUCACAAAGUCCUCUCCAAAUGCUACAAUCAGAAAAGACCAACCCGGGGCAAAAAGAACGAAAACUGAAAAGUACCCAACCCCUCCAAUCAGAAAAGACCAACCCGAGGCGAAAAGAAUGAAAACUGAAAAGCCUAAAGAGAAAAUGAUUGAAAUAGACAUUUUUAGUUCAGAUGAAGAAUAGUAAACACAACCCAACGUAAGUUAUGCAACCAUAACUCUGACUUAACAUGGACAACUUUGUCAGUCCUUGAGGUUUCAUUAUCAAGUAAUAGUUGGAGGUUUUUGCUCGUGAUGAUCCAUAUCUCAUACCAAUUUAUUAUACUUUUGCUAUAGGAUGCAAUCACAAGGAAUGUUCAAUUUUGGUUCAUCUAAGUUAACACUUGAAGAUGAAGUUAUGAAUUCUCCCUAUAUAUGCUGACCUUUUGUGGCUCUAACUUUGUAAUGAGUACAAGCUAAUAAGAAAAUGGACAUUAACAAAUGGAUGCUUACAAACUUUCAUCCAAGAGCAUUUCUUAUCAUUUCAGCUAAAUCCAGUUUGUUUCACAAUAAUGCGCCAUUGAGUAUACUUUAAGUCUUUAAUGCAUCGUUGGAGUAACGUAAGGACGAGGUUGCGAAACAUAAUUUUAGAAUACUCUAGUAUUGAUUUAAGAGAAAGGUGGAAUUAGUAAGGAUAAUCAUUCUGUUGCUUUACCUUAAAAGCAAGAAAAAUUCUAGCUUUAUAAUCCAUCCUAAAUCUAAAUAGACAUGGAGAAGAUUAUAUGGUACUAUUUCAAAGUAUCUAGCUGUUUUAUAACUAAGAUGAAAUAGAAAACAAACUAGAUUUGUACCUGCUUGUAAUUAUUUUUUGUUCUUUGAUGCUGGCUAGGCUUACAUUUUGAUGCAAGAGGACAUAUAUGAUAGAGGUCCCCUAG